AUGUAUAUUUCAAUAUUCGUAAUUCAAAUUUUGAAUGUUGCGUUGGCAAGUAAAAUAGAUAUGUAAAUAAUAAUAGCAUUGGAUUGUUCAUCAAUAAAGGGAACAGCGUUAAAUAGUUAUGCAUAUAAAACAGAUGGAUCUGUUUAAUUUGAAUUUACAUUAUAAAGCGGUGGUAAUGUGGAUAUAAUAUUUCCUAAUUUUUGGAAUGGAUCACCAUCAAUAUCACCUUUAAUAAUGGGAACUAGUAGUUGUAGGGAAGUAAGUAUGAUUAAGAUUUAUAAAAGACUUCAUUAAAUAUAGGAUGUAUAUAAGAAAAUUAAAAAUUCACAUGUUCUUUGACAGCAGGCAAUUUAAUAAUUAGAUGUAUAAAUGUGAGAGGACCACAUACAAAUAAACCAAUAGGAAAUUUUAAUAUAUAAUUUGCUUCAUAAUCUUGUGAUAAUAUUCAAAUAAGGAACUUUUAACCAUACGGUGGUUCUGUUGUAUUUUCAUCAAAUUCAACAACAGGUUUGUAUCCAAAUACUGAUAAAUUAUAAAUGAUAUGGGAAAACAUAGUAUUACCAAUAUCUUUUAAUUCAAAUCCAAGGAUUGAGGUUUCAAUUUUAAGCAAUGGAGAAUUUGUUACAUCAUAAACUGUAAAAGGUUAUGUAUCAGCAACAUCAAUUGGUUUAUUGGAAUCACUUAGUGUAAGUACACCAAGUUUAAUUAAAGCAUAAAUGCCUUAAUCUAUUGCAAUUAAAGAUGUUCCUAUAAAGUUAUAUAUGGAAUCAUUAAAAGUAAUGGGAAAUACUUAACCUAUUUAAUCAUAAAUUGAUUUUAAGGAUUCUAAUGAUAUAUUGUAAUAUUAGAUUCUAUUUCCUACUAUAUCAGUCUUAAAUGAUCAAUUAUCCGCUAGUCUAACAAUUGAUUCAACAGAAAUAAACAUUUAUACAAAAUAUACAUUUAGUAUAAUAAUAAAGAAUGCAUUAAAUUCAGCAGGAUUUGUAAGAAUAGCAUUAACGAAUACAUUAUUAUCUUCUACUUUAAUUUGUUAUUGUGAUAAUUAAGUAUCUAUUCCAGUUAUUGCUUCAGAAUAUAUUGAUAUUGGUGGUUGUUUAACUACUGUUGGUACUCAUAAUAUAGCUAUUCUAAAUGUUUUGAAUCCUGUAUCUACUAUUUCUACUAUUACAAUAUCAUACAUACAAACUAUGUAAAAUAAUUUCUCUGUUGAUAGAAUUACUAACUUUUAAUAUAAAUCACCUUCAUUUACACCAGGAAACUUGAACAUUUAAUAUGAAAGAUUUGGAUCAAAUUUUGAUGUUGUUGGAGAUCAUUCUUUUUUUAUACUUAAAAUUACACCCAAAAAUAGUAUACCAGCUUUAGGAAUCUUAAAAAUGGAAAUACCUUAACAAAUCAAAUUUAUUAACCAAAAUACAUAAACAUGUAAUACAGAUGGAUAUGGUUGUUAAAUUUAAACCAUUUCUGAUUAAGUAUUAGAAUUUAAAUUUUCAUCUUUAAUUUAAGCUUCCAAAUUAUUUACUAUCAGUUCUAUCUCUAUUCCUAUAAGAAAUCCAUUUGAUACAAGUUUAACUAAUAAUUUUAAAUUUUCUACUUAUGAUUAAUUUAAUAAUAUUAUAGAUGUUAUAUCAAAUGUUUAAGGAUAUUCAGUUAAUACAAGAUCAUCAUUUGAUGGAUUAAUAAUUAUAGAAUCAAAGGAACCUUUUAAAAAUGGAUAAUCCAAUACUUUUUAUUUUACAAUCAAAACCAAAACUCCUUAAUUCUAUCCUAUUUAAAUGACAGUUAAAGUUGGCGAUUUAACUAUUAAUAAUAAUCCAUAAUGUAAACUAGAAGGAGCUAUCAUCAAAACUUGCACUAAAAUAUCCUCUAAUUAAUUAGAUAUAUUACUUGAAAGUACUGAUUAAGUAUUAUAACCAACAACUUUGAAGUUAACUGUUUCUACUAUCAAAUGCAAAGAUACAAUGACAAAAAGUCAAGAUUUUGAAUUUUCAACUAAAUCUACGAAUGGAUUAAUGAGCUAUCAAUUAGGACCAUAUAUUAGCAAUAUAUAAUUUGGGGAUAUUACAUAAACAGAUUUGAUAGUUGAUAAACAAUAUUAUGGAGCAACAAGUGCAAUCUAUUAAUUUAAUUUUGCUUUACAGAAUCCAUUAAGUGAAAGUAAUUAUCAGAUUAAUAUAUUAUUUCCAUUUAACCUACCUUCUUCAGGUUUUUCAUGUAAAGAUACAUCCAAUAAUAAAUUACAUUGCAGUGUCUAAUCUAAUAAUAUCUUAGUUUUAACUGGACCCUUUGAUUCUAAUCAAUUAAAAUAUAAUGUAAUCGUAAAUGAAAUUCCAACUCCUCAAAAUGAGUAAUAACCAAGAACAUUUACAAUUAAGACUUAUAGAAAAAUAGACAAUUAAGUUUAUCUAGUUGAUAGUUCACUUAAUGGGGCAUUUUAAUUUAAUAUAUUUUGUCCUUAAUUGAAUAAUUGUAGAACUUGUUCAAUUAUAGCUUCUGACAAUGUUUAAUGUUAAACUUGUUAUACAUCUGAAAUAUCAAAAUUUAUAUAUAUGAAAUCAACUGCUUGUGUAGAUAAUUGUGGAUCUGGAUAUUAUUAAAAUGAACAAGAACUUUUAUGUUAAUAAUGUCCAAAAAAUUGUUAAAUUUGUUAACCAAUAAAUAAUAUUCUAAUUUGUAAUAAAUGCUUUUCUAAUUUUAAGUAUUAAGAUAGUAUUUGUGUUGAUAGUUGUGGAGAUACUUAUUAUUUACCAUUAACAACAAUUGAUAAAUGUGAAAAGUGUGAUAGUGAAUGUAUUUUAUGUUCAAUGAAUUCAUCAUAUUGUUCUAAAUGUUAAGCGAAUAUACCUUUAUAUAAUUAUAAAUGUUAUAAAGAGGGAUGUUUAUAAGGAUAUUAUUAAACUUACAAUUAAAAUAAGGUAUUGAUAUGUGAAGUUUGUCCAGCUACAUGUAUAAGUUGUAUAUAAAAUGAUUAAUGUACUUAAUGUUAACCAGGUUAAUAUUCUUUAUCAGGAACAUGUAGAGCUGAUUGUCCAUCUGGUUUCUUUGUAAAUGAAGAAACUAUGAAAUGUAAACCUUGUAUUGCAGGAUGUAGUUAAUGUUCAAAUGAAUAAACAUGUGUUAAAUGUUAAGAUGGAUUCUUAUUAAAAUUAUAAUCAUGUGUUUUAACAUGUGGAGAAUAGUAUUAUGUAGAUGCUACAUAAACAUCUUGUUUAAAAUGUAAUUAGAAUUGUUAGACUUGUGAAUUAAAAGAUUAAAAAUAAAUGUGUACCUCUUGUAUUAAAACAUACUUUUUUUCUGAUUUCAGUUGUCUAUAAUAAUGUUAAUCAAAUUAUUACUCUAUAAAUCAAGAAUGUCUUUAAUGUUCAUAAAAUUGUUUAACUUGCAAAGAUACUUCAUAGACUUGUACUUCAUGUUAAGUAUAAGGAGAUACACCAUUAUUUUUAGAUGGAACUAUUUGUGUUUCUAAAUGUUCAGACACAUAUUUCUCAGAUCUUACAAGUGGAAAAUGUACAUAGUGUCCAACUACUUGUACAUAAUGUACUUCAUUAACAAAUUGUACUCAGUGUAAUUAAUCAUCAAAAACUCAUUAUUUGAUUUAAGGUGCUUGUAGAGAAGAAUGUCCUAAUAAUUAUUAACCUAAUGGAUUACUUUGUGAAUUAAUACCUGAAAAAAUUAGAAUCAACUUAGAACCUAAUCGAUAUAUUCCAGUUCCACAUGUUAUGUUAUUUACUUUUUUCACAAUUUCAGUAUUAGUAUCAAAAUAAUACAAAAGUGAAACUUAUAUCCCAGGAGCAAUCUUAGGAUUGAAUGCUCCACUUAUAUGGUCAUCAUGGUUGACUGUUAUGUUCUUAUUGCAUAAUUAUUAUGAAUUCUUUCAAAUGUAUUACUUUUGGAUCCUUAUUGGUGGAUUGACACUUAAUCUCCUUUUUAAUAUUGCUCACUUUAUUUUGGUUUAUUAAAAUAUAUGGAAUGAUAAGGAUUUCAUUUAAUGGUAAGCUUCCUCAUUAAAAAAUAAAGUUACUAAUUAUAUUUUGAUUUCCCUAUCUAUUCUCAUAGCAUAUCCUAUAUAUAAACUUAUUAUGAGUAGAUAUUUUGGUUUUUCCUUUUUCAAAGCUAAAUUGGUAGACACUAAAGCCUUUUUCUAUUUUAAUUGCUUAAAUGGAGUAUACAUUACAUUUGUUAAUAUACCAAUUAUUGUUAGUUGUGCUCUGAUUGCAUAUAAUGAAUCUUCACUUAAUACUUAAACUUUUAUUAGUGCUAUUGAUUCACUUAUUGUUACUUUUACGAAUAUUUUAUUGUUAAUUUGGGAAACUUAGAAAGGAGAAUAAUUCUUUGAUGAAUUCAUUUCAAAUUAUUAUUUGAAUGAAUCUAAAUAAAAUAUUGAGAAAUAAGAAAUCUCUGGAUUCUUUUAACAUCCCUUCGAUCAAAAAUUAUAAGUUGAAUAGAAGUUUGAUGUCUCAGAUAUAGAUGCUUAAGCUGUGAAUUAAGAAAAUGAUAUAACUAAAUAAAAAUCUCAUGAAUAAUCUCAUGAACAAUCAUGUAAUUUAAAUGGAAUCAGUAUUAUUUUGAGUGAUAAGAAUUCUAAUCCUGUAUUUAAAUAAGAAAGUUAAAGAUCUUAAUAAUUUCCUUAAAAAUAAUUAGUUCCUUCUAAUCUUAAACAUACUGUCUAUUUUAAGAAUAUAUAAAAUAAUCAUUAAGAGAAUCCUGAUAAUGAACCACCUUAUGCAUCUCCAGGAUCUGACAAUUUCAGUUCUAUCAAAUCUUAAACGAGUUAACAUGGUUAGAAUUAUUUUAAUGAUUAAAGUUAAAGUCCCUUAAAAGACAUUAGUUAAAUCUAGGAUUCAGAAGAACCUCAUGAAAAUAGUUAAUUAUCAAUAUUUGAUGAAGAGAAGAACAAGAGUCCUUCAAAAUUAUAAAAACCUUUAUCAUUAUAAAAACUCUAAGAUUAAUUUAAUAUCAUUCCUACAUUUGAAAAUGAUGAUAAUGAAAAUAAUUCUUAAUAAAUUAAUUUACAGAUUGAGAAAGCUGAAAGUGCUUUGAAAAAAAGUUAAUCAUAAUUAGUUAAUAAUAAUUUAGGAGAUAACAACCUAUAAUCGAAUCGUAAAUCAUCAUAAUCAAGAAGAGAAAUAACAUUAUAAUAUUCAUAAGUGUAAUCAUAAUAACUUGCUAAAUCAGCUUAAUUUUAUAAUGAAUAAAAUAGAGCAUUUUCUACACAUAAAUCUAUGAGUCGUGAAUCGUUAAGUAAAGAUACAAAUAAAAUUUAAUAAGGAUAAUUAAUAUAAUAAAAGUAAUCUUAAGAAAAACCAUUAGCCAAAUCUUUUUUAAACUAAUCAGAAUAAUAAUAAUAAUAAUGGGAUGAUAUUAAAUUAUAAUCAUAAUCAUAAUCAUAAACAGUUUAUAAUAUAAAAAAUGAUGAUUUUAAUGAAAUACAAAAGCAAAAUAUUGAUGAUUAUUCUUCUAUUCCUUCUAAUUAAUUUAAACCGAAAGUGGAAUAAAAUAAUUUAAAAGAACCUUCACGUGAAAGUAAUUAGGAGGAUGAUAAUGAUGAUUUUAAAUUGUAAAUAGGUAUUGUAGAUUAAUAACCAUAAUUUGAUACAGAGGAUUAAAAAGAUUAGAAGAGGAUUUAGAUUUUGAUGGAUAGUAGAGCAAUAGAAGAAGAAGAUUAGUAAAUAUUUUAAGAUUAGAUAUAAAUAUAAUAAAUAAAGCCUAAUAGGAGAGGAGUAGAGAGUAAAGGAAAGAAAACAAAGAGUGAGUAAAUAAAAAGAAUGAAAGUUGAGAAGAAGUCUGAAAUAAAGAAUAUAUUUGAUUCAAAUGAUUCAAUUCAUACAAUGUCUGAUUAAGAUUGGGGUGAUAAUUAGAUAUCUCCUUCAGAAUUUAAUUAAUUAAAUUAAAGGUUUGAAGAUGAAUAGGUAUUGGAUUUAUAGAUUCAUGAACCAACUCAUAGUAAGACUCAAUAACAUUAUAGAUAGGCAAAAGUAAAGCCUUUGGAUUUUGAAUUUGGUGAUGAGAAUAAUGAUGAAUAAUUUUAUAAAGGAUAGGCUAAAGUAGAUUUUACGAAGAAUUUUUAAAUAAAGAAGGAGACAAAGAGGUAACAAUUAGAGAAGGUAUACUUAUAGAAGUUAGAUAAAAAUGAGAAAUUGAAUGUUGGAUCAUCUAAAUGGGAAUUCAAGAAGAAAUAGGUCAAUAGAAAUCAUCCGAAAGAUAUAUCAGAUGCAUAUAUAGAUGAUUAGAUUGAUGUUGAAGAUAUCAACUUUUGA